AUGAUUAAAACCUCAAAUAUCUUACUGAUUGGAGGCGGUGGGCUUGGUGUUAUUGCUGCCUUGAGCCUCGAGGCCAGUUCAAGGGCCAAAGUGACAGCUGUGUUGCGUUCAAACUACGAAACUGUCAGUGCGAAUGGGUACAAAAUCAGUUCAUGUGACCAUGGUGAGAUAGAGGGAUGGCGCCCUACCAAAAUCGUGACCAAAAUUGCUCAUCCGCCUUCGAAUGACCGGGUCUAUGAUUACAUCGUUAUUACUACUAAAAAUAUACCUGGGCUUGGCCGAAGUAUGGCGGAUUUAAUUGCACCUGCAAUUUCACCGAGCAUCACCGUUAUUGUCCUCAUUCAGAAUGGAUUGAAUAUCGAGAGGGAAUACAUCGAGCGGUAUUCUAGCAAUGUCGUUCUAUCUGGCAUCAGCUUUGCCGGUUCGCAAGAGACAAGACCAGGCUGGAUCCAACAUACGAGCCACGAUCAUUUACUUGUUGGCGCCUUUCCGAGUCCAGAGAUCAACAAGACAUGCGGUGAGGCCGCCGCAAAGAGUUUUGUCUCACUAUACGCAGCUUCAGGAAAAGCCUCGUGCUUCUACAUCGCCGAUACCAUGAGACAGAGAUGGAGAAAGCUUGUUUACAAUGCUACAAUAAACCCACUUUGCGCCAUCACUAACCUUGACUCUGGUUCUCUCCGCCAAGGUAGUCCAGCGAUGAGAAAGGUAAUACAGGCUGCUAUGGAAGAGAUCAUGGCUGCUGCGGCUGCAGCUGGACACAGACUCCCCUUAGAAACUGCCCAGGAGUUAUUGGGUGACGAUGCUGUGGACGAUAACUUUGAGCCCAGUAUGCUCCAGGACUUCAGAAAGGUGUGCACAAUUCCUCAAAAUCUUUGA